AUGUCCGACUGUCCGCAUGUGGCGGCUUACACUGGUCCGUCCCCUUAUGCACUUGAGUGCGACUUCCAUUGCAUUCCGGCUCAGAAGAGGCUUGCUGCCAUUAAUGGCUCCGGUCGGUUGCUGAAAGGCCAGUCGGCUAGCGAAGCGCCAUCUUCCAACACCUUUCCGGCGCCUCUGGCACUCCCCGGAGAUGAACUUGCCCUCGACCCCGCCUCCGAGCCGCAGAGCUUCAGGUCGUUUUCCAUGUUCAAGAGCCGCAACCGGAUUACGGGAGAUCGAAAGACCCUCUACGUGAUAGAGCCGCCUGUAGUUACCUCCGAAGCCGGCGUCAUGGAGCAAUGGAGCCAACCUGUCGUCCCUGCCGAUGAUUUGAAUCCGACCGUUCCCGCAGACCUGUCGACACCGACAGCCUGGGAGCUUCAAAAGUACCUCGCUGCCUUCUACCACGGCCUCGAGGUCAAAGUAGCCAACUUAUUCCGCUGGGUAUCCUGGACAGAAGGAUCGGUAACGAACCGAAGCCGCCACGUUGGUAUCGCCACGACUGCUGGCUCCUGCUUCCGUGUCCGUGCGCGAACAUCGCUGGACCAAGUUGCAUACCGUCAGCUGAAUCUAGACGAUAUACUUGAUGCCGUCAUCGACGGCCUCCCGCAAGACGCCUACGCAGUCGUACUGCUUGUCCACCAUGACCUCUUUGAGGACGAGGACGACGAUUUCUGCUGCGGCCGCGCUUACGGCGGCAGCCGCGUAUCUAUAGUCACAUCAUUCAGAUAUCACCCCUGCCUUGAUCGCUACAGCGGAAUUGAUGUUUCGCACAUGUGGCCAGCUUCGCAUUGCCGGGGAUAUGUCGAUGGUCUCUGCGGAAGUGGAGGGGCCAACCCGACGAGACUGCUCACAGUGAGCGACGAGGACAUGGAGAACCCGCCACCCUUGGCUGUGGCAAUCCGGGCCGCAAAGUCUGUGCUGAUCCCGCACGGCAAGCAGUCUUUUGUAGGCCUAUGGCAGUCUCGUGUGUCGAGAACGGUCUCCCAUGAGUUAGCCCAUUGCCUAGCCAUGGGGCAUUGUGUUUACUAUGCUUGUGUGAUGGGAGGGACAACAAGCAUUGCGGAGGACCUGAGACAGCCUCCGUUUCUUUGCCCAGUUUGUCUGCGUAAACUAUCCUAUGCUGUUGUCGGAGAGGCUUCCAAGCCCCAGGAGAGGAAGGAAGUCGAGUCCGUCUAUGUAGAAGAAAGAUACUCCGCGCUAAGAGAGUACUGCACGCAAGGGGGAAACAUCGGCAUGUUAAGAGGCUACGGCGCUUGGAUUGACGCUCGACUGAAAGAGCUCUCAGGGUAUUGA